GAAGUUAUCACCAAACUCCUGAUCCACGCUCUGUGACGCCGCACGAAAACUUUAAAGUCUUCACUUUUCGUGAGACGACAGGGACGCGGGAUGCAGAGGAUGGGAUGAGGCUGAAACAGACAUAUAAAGGAUGUGAAAAGAGCGGCGGCUGUGAUCGAGAAGAAUAUUAUAUUUCCCUUAUCCGCAGGACAAGGAAAAGAUGGCGAAUUCAAGCUUUCCUUUCUGGAGCGCUGCCCACCGAGCUGAGAUACUGGAAAACCCUCUGCAGACUUAUCUCCUGGGAAUCAUCAUCUCUAUAUGUGGGAAUGUCCUCAUCAGCAUUUCACUCAACAUACAGAAAUAUGCCCACGUCCGUCAGUCACAGCGUGGCUCCAAACCCUACUACACCUCCGUGAUGUGGUGGUCUGGUGUGGUUCUCAUGGGUGUUGGGGAACUGGGGAACUUUGCUGCCUAUGGCUUUGCCCCAGCAUCCCUCGUGGCCCCACUGGGCUGCGUGUCUGUCAUAGCCAGUGCGAUCAUAUCUGUGGUUUUCCUGAAGGAGACGGUGCGAGCCUCUGACAUCGUUGGUGGAACCCUGGCAAUUACAGGAACAUAUAUCUUGGUGACCUUUGCCCCCCACACGUCCACACACAUCACUGCGCAUCUGGUCCAGUAUUAUUCCAUCAGCUGGCACUUCUUGCUUUACCUUUUUAUAGAGGUCAUCCUCUUCUGCAUCCUGCUCUACGUGUACAAGAGGAAGAAUGUGAAGCACAUUGUCAUCGUGAUGUUGCUCGUGGCCCUGCUCGCCUCGCUGACAGUCAUCUCAGUCAAAGCUGUAUCAGGGAUGAUCGGAGAAUCGAUUAAGGGUCAACUGCAGCUCAUCUACCCCAUCUUCUACGUCAUGUUUGUCAUCAUGGUCGCCUCCUGUGCCUUCCAGAUCAAAUUUCUGAAUCAGGCAAUGAAAAUGUUUGACGCCACAGAAGUGGUUCCGAUCAACUUUGUGUUUUUCACCGCGAGUGCCAUUGUUGCAGGGAUAGUGUUUUACCAGGAAUUUGAAGGUCUGGCUUUACUCAACAUUUUUAUGUUUCUGUUUGGUUGUCUCCUGUCAUUUCUUGGAGUUUUCCUGAUAGCCCGAAACAGACCAAAGAUAAAGCAACAAGAUCGCAAUAUUAUCUCUUUGGACAAGAUCCCUGGGAGAGUGCACGCAGGCAAAGUGCAGCCUGAGGCCAAGACUUCGACAUACGGUUCGCUGGCAGCCAAGCUUAUGUGCAGUAGUGCUGGACAAACAGAUGAUUCAUAAAGACCCGCUCCAGUGCUGGUUGGGACUGCAAUUUAGGUAGACUUGUGAGUGCAUGUCUUUCCUUUGGGUACUUAAAUAAUAUCUCUAUUUAUAGCAAUAAAUGGUGGGAGGCAAGUCAAGCCAGUGUCAGCUGAGU